UAGCCAACGAAGUCCCGUGAGCGGUAGCUGUGGUUCCGCUUCCACCCGGGUGAGGCGGUCAUGGCCUUGCGGCCAGGCCGAGAGGGCGGAGAGAGCUCGGCCGCCCUGGCCACGGCGCAGGCUCGCUUCUCCAGGGGCGAGUUUGCCGAGGCCCGGGAGCUGUACUCCGCCUUCAUUGGCCAGUGCGCGCGUCACGGGAGCAAAUGUAGCCCUGAGGAUUUGGCCACUGCAUAUAACAACAGGGGGCAAACCAAGUACUUCAGCGUUGAUUUUUAUGAAGCCAUGGACGACUACACAUCUGCCAUAGAAAUCCUGCCCAGCUUUGAAGUUCCCUAUUAUAACAGAGGCCUGAUACGCUACAGGCUGGGGUAUUUUGACGAAGCUUUGGAAGAUUUCAAGAAGGCACUAGACCUCAAUCCUGGAUUUCAAGAUGCUGUUUUGAGCUUAAAACAGACCAUUUUAGACAAAGAAGAAAAGCAAAGACGAAAUGCCGAGAAAAGUUACUGAAACCUUUAGCUUAUUGAGAUUUUAACUCAAGAUCCUUAAAUCUGCAUUUGAUUGGCUCUAAGAUGGGCAUAGAGCUAUUUUGAUUAUAUGUAAGAGACUGAAUUUUAGAAGUGAAAGUAAAAUAAUGUACUUAUUAAUUUUAAGAAAGAUCAUGUUUGAUAGAUCUCUUAAUAGAGUAAAUAAAUGAUACCAGUGUAUAAAUGUAUGCUAUUACAGCAAAAUAUUUAAAUCAAUAUGUACUAAAUAUGUACUAUUUUUAGUAAAGGUUUUAUUUUUACCACAUAUUUCUAUUCCCAACUUUGUAUUUUUUUUUUCCCGCCUAUAGGAAAGUUGUUGGUAAAUACAGUCAAGUCAUAAACUCUUCACCUACUUAAAAUAACACAUUUGCUUUUUCUGAAUACUUAAAACCAAAACUUUCCACUCUAAAGUCUGAGGCAGGAGGAUUGCUGUGAGUACGCUAAGCCUAAACUAUAGAGACCCUUAAACAAAACCC